AAAUUUUGUAAUCUACAAGAUGGCGGUGGUUAUUUCAAAAAGGCGCCGACAACAAAUCUAAGGGUUCAAACGUGUCAAUAACCUCUACAAUGUGAAGACAUUUUCAAUAUACCGUUAUGUGCACCAGAAAAUACAAAUAGAAAGCCGUUACAGAAAGAAGAAUGGAAACGAAUCCCGUUAACAUUCAAUGUCUUUCCGGAAUAAUUGACUUGCAAAAAAAAUGUGAAAAAGAAAAUUUACGUUUUUCACGUGAAACUAACCGAUAUUUACUCUACGAAAUCCUCCAGAAGUUAAAACCGGAAGGAGCACAAAAACUUAUUUCAAAAUUGGUCGAUAAAGGAGAUAUAAAAUGGAGUGAUGAUGAAGAAGAAUAUGAAGUGGAGUAUAUAGCUGAUCACGUUGAAGAUGAGGGAACUACAUUUUAUUUGAUUAAAUGGAAGGGCUGGAGUCACGCCCAUAACAGUUGGGAACCAGUGCAAAACAUAGACUGCAAGAACCUUAUUCAAAGCUAUCACCGUGAACUGAAGAAGAAACUAACUAAGCGAAAAAUUGAGACAAGUGAUGAGGAUCAGAGAGCCUUCAAACAGCGAACUGUUGAUAAAAUAUUUGAUAAACUUAUGUCUACAGCUACCACAGAAAACAUAACACCCAUAGAUCUAAUAGCUCUAACAAGCCCUAAAAUAAAUAAAAGUUUAAGUCUUUUUGGUUUGAGUAAGCCUACUAGAAUUGGUAGAACAAAAUUUCACAGCGUCAAGAAUCUGAAUCCAAGAAGUAAACGAUACAAGUUGAAGAAGGAAGCCAUAGCAAAAGAGUUGAAAGAAUGGGAGAAAAAACUAAACCACAUCAGUAUUGAUCCAGCCAAAAUAUUUGUAGAAAAUAAUGUUGAUCUGGAAGGACCUCCUCAAAAUUUUGAAUUUAUCACAGACUAUAGGGAAGGGGAGGGAAUUAGUAUUCCUCAGGACCCAAUUAUUGGGUGUGACUGUGACAAUUGUUUUGAUAAUAAAAAGCAUUGCUGUCCAAUGGGGUGUGGUGCUCAAUUUGCCUAUUAUAAAAAUAAACGUGUCCGUGUGGAAAAGGGAACACCGAUUUAUGAGUGUAACAAACGUUGUCGAUGUGGGCCAGAAUGUUCAAACAGGGUAGUGCAGAAUGGCUGUAAAUUCAGAUUGAGUAUUUUUCGAACGGCAAAUGGUCGUGGUUGGGGUGUGAAAACUUUGGAUAAAAUCAAAAAAGGCUGUUUUGUUAUAGAAUAUGUUGGAGAGGUUAUUACUGCAGAAGAAGCUGAGAGAAGGGGUCGUGUUUAUGAUGCAGAAGGGAUGACAUACUUGUUUGAUUUGGAUUAUAAUGAAGGGGAUUGUCCAUUUACUGUUGAUGCAGGAUUUUAUGGAAAUGUUUCGCAUUUUAUCAAUCACUCAUGUGAACCUAAUUUGGAAGUGUUUGCUGUGUGGAUAAACACAUUAGAUCCACGCUUACCUAGGAUAUGUCUGUUUGCUAAACAAGAUAUACAGAAAGGAGAGGAAUUAACUUUUGAUUAUAUGAUGACAGGCGAUACUACCCAGAAGUCCAUACUAUCAGCAUCCUUUGAAGUUGAGCAAAAAAUUAGCCAGGAGAAUAAACAAAUGGAUGAAAGUGACUCAGGAAUAGGCAGCUUGAUGGAGGGGGAGAACAAUUUAACGGACAAACUAAAUCCAAAUACUCUGCUUAACUUUAAUAUUGACUCAGAAUCUGGUGCCAAAACUCCAAAAGUUGGUGAAGAACUCUGGUCUGGCUAUAAUAUGGCAAAUACUCAGGAAUCUAGUUUCACCAUUGCUGUUCCAACUCCCCCAUCUUCUGACAAAAAGCGUAAAAGUCGUUUACUCUCCGGGCCAAAAAAUCGUAUUGUUUGUCAGUGUGGUGCAGCUAAUUGUAGAAAAUAUCUAUUUUAAUAUGUUACCCAUAUAUAUAAGGGGUAUAUUAUAAUUAUAUGUUUUAAAAAAUAUUGUUAUUAUGGCAUAUUUUCAUUAAUUGUUUUAGAUACAGCUCAUUUUUAAUAUCCAAAGUUUCAUACAUGUAUGCCUAGUUCCAUUGACUUUAUACCAAAACUGGAUUAUUUGAAUAAUAAAAUAUGGUUUUGCUAGCCAAGUAAUUUGGUAAACUAAAUCUUACACAUUCAGGGUUUGAGAUAUUGUGUUUGUGUAUGGAAGUAAAUAAGUGUUUUCCAUCUUACCUCUAUAUUGAUGCAAGCAUGCCUGGAAAUUCUACUGCUUCGUUGUAUAUAUAUAUAUAUAUAUAAGUAUAAAAUGAAGCCAUUUUAACUGUAUAUACAGUUAUCUAUGAAGUAGGGACAUUCUUGAUUUUAUGAAAAGUUUCUUGCACUGAACAUUGUUACACUAAAGAUAAUGUUGGUGAAUGUAAAAAUUAUUGUAUGAUUUAUUUUUAUACGCUCACAUGGAAAUGUGGACGUAUAUUGCCGUCUGUCCGUCAUCCACAAUUUCUUGUAAACGCUCCAACGCCAAAAGUUGUCAUCCAGUUGAUAUGUGUUGUUUACAUUAGUAAGAUCUAGAAGCUUAUUUAAUUUCAAUAAUUUCUGUUUAUUACGUCUAGAGUUAUGGCCCUUAUUUCACUUUGUUGAACCUUGUGAACGCUCUAAUGCCAAAAGUUAACAUCCGAUCUUUGUGAAAUUUAUAUGCAAUAUUUAAAUUAGGUAAACGAAGAAGCCUAUUGAAUUUCAGCAAUUUCUGUUUAUUACUUCUAGAGUUAUGGCCCUUGUGAACGCUCUAACGCCAAAAGUUUUUAUCCGAUCUUUGUUAAAUUUAUAUGCAUUAAUUAAAUUAAUGAAACGAAGAAACCUAUUGAAUUUCCGUUUAUCAUGUCUAGAGUUAUGGUCCUUGUUUCACUUUAUUGAACCUUGUGAACACUCUAACACCAGAAAGCUCUUUGUGCAUUUUAUAUGUAUUAUUUAAAUUGGUGAAACGAAGAAGCCAGUUGAAUUUCAGCAAUUUGUUGAACCUUGUGAACGCUCUAACAUCAAAAGUUAUCAGCUGAUCUGUAUGAAAUUGAUAUGCGUCAUUUAAAUUAGUAAAAAGAAGAAUCCUAUUGAAUUUCAGCAAUUUCCGUUUAUUACUUCUACAGUUAUGGCCCUUGUUUCACUUUGUUUAACCUUGUGAAAGCUCUAACGCCAAAAAUUUUCAUCUGAUCUUUGUUAAAUUUAUAUGCAUGUAAUGAAACGAAGAAACCUAUUGAAUUUCAGCAAUUUCCAUUUAUUAUCUCUAGAGUCAUGGCCCUUGUUUCACUUUAUUGAACCUUGUGAACGCUUUAUUGAACCUUGUGAAUGCUCUUAACGCCAGAAGUUAUCAUCCGCUUUUUGUGAAUUUUAUAUGUAUUAUUUAAAUUAGUGAAACGAAGAAGCCAGUUGAAGUUCAGCAAUUUCUGUUAAUGACUUCUAAGUUAUGGCCUUUGUCUCACUUUGUUGAACCUUGUGAACGCUCUAACAUCAAAAGUUAUCAGCUGGUCUGUAUGAAAUUUAUAUGCAUCAUUAAGAUUAGUGAAACCACGCAGCCUAUUGAAUUUCAGCAAUUUAAAAUAAUUAAUUCUUGAGUUAUGGGCCUUUUUCACUUUGUUCAACCUUGUUAAUGCUAGAUUGAUGAAAGUUAUCAUCAGAUAUGUAUGAAAUUUAUAUUUAUCAUUUAAGUUUGUGAAACGAAGGGCUAUUGAGGUCCGUCAAUUAUUUCUAGAGUUAUGGCCCUUGUUUUACUUUGUGAAGCUUAUGAACGUUCGAAUGACAAAAGUUAUCAUCCAAUCUGUAUGAAAUUUAUAUUUUCUGUAAAUUAGUUCUAGAGUUAAGGCCCUUGUUACAGUUUGUAGAACAUUGUGAACCCUCAAACGACAAAAAUUAUGAUCUGAUGUAUAUGAAAUUGUAUUGUAAAUGCCCCCAAUUACUUACAAAAGAAAUAUGCAACAACCCUUGUCGACUGCUCGGACAAUUUAACUGCUGUGGGCGUAUGUUUCAUUGCCUGGCAACCUAUCUUUUGAUAAUGUAUAACAUAGUUCAACCAUAAAAUUAUUAUUGCUCCAAAAGUAACUUUUUUUUUAUCUGUAUCUAAUUUAAGUGGGCCAGGCUCAUGUUAAUUAUUAUUUUAUUAAUAAGAGUCUUGCCAGUUAAUUGAUAUCACAUCUAAACAUAGAUUUGGUAAAAAAAAUAACUCAGUUAAAGGUGCAUUAUGUAAUAUUUGGAUAAAAAGAAAGCUGUUCUUGCUAUAAUAGUUCAAAUAUAGAUAAUGAAAAAUGAAUAUACAGUAGAAUCUGUAUGAGCAGCCACUCCUAUUCAGCGACAUCUCCUUGUAAGCGGUCACGAUAAAUUCCCCCCGUAGAAAUUCUAUUGUUUCAUCUCUUUAUUCAAUGGUCACUCCUCUAACGCGGCCAGCGGUCACUAUUUUACUAAUAAAUUCAACAAAACAUCACCCAUUCAACGGCCAUUGUUGAAUGAUACCAUCUUGUCGUUCUUUGUAACACCAACGCUAAUCCCGUGAGUAGUAGUUAAUAAACUGGACCCCCACUGAUCAGGUAAAAAGAAACGUAAAAAUAACAAUCAACCCUGGAUUAUCUGUUAAUUAAUCUUUUGUUUUAUUAAACGACUAACCUGAUCAUUGUUUUCACGCGUAACGACACAUUAUUUGAUACUGAUUGAAUAAAAUAAAAGUACAGAGUUUUGUCACGAUCAUCUAGUAUCUCUUUUCCAUUGCCACUUUAUUGUUUUAACAACAGACGUUUUAGCGCCUCCUAUAAUAUUACAUACAGAGUUACACCCCCUGUAAAUAGGUGAUAAAAUUAGCGAUGUUUUUUUGUGCAUGUGCUUUUUUGAUAAAAUAAAAUUAAUUCAUCAAUUCUCUUCACAAAAAUGGAUAAAUAUUAUCGAAUGCAUCACAAUGGUAGACAGUAGUAUCGAAGGUUGGUACAAAAUGACAAGUAUACAGAAGUUAUGUCCAAGAUUUGAGUAAGGAAUUUUCGUUCGGUGCAAGAUUCAGCGACGGUCAAAUUUACCGCUUCCAAUGCAUUCAAGCGUAAUAUUUAAUUUAUGUCAGCACUAAAAGCACCAAGAUUUUAUUAAGAGGCCACUCCCGUUAAGUUAUGUCCGAGAUUUGAGUAAAGAAUUUUCGUUCGGCGCAAGAUUCAGCGACGGUCAAAUUUACCGCUUCCAAUGCAUCCAAGCGUAAUAUUUAAUUUAUGUCAGCACAAAAAGCAAUGAGAUUUUAUUAAGAGGCCACUCCCGUUAAGCGGUCGGUUGUAAAAAUUCCCUUGGGUGGCUGCUUAAUGCAGAUUCUACUGUAUAUCGAAAUUUUGAUUCAAAUUACUUUAUUCUGGGCAAAGUUAUGACCGUUUUAAGACAUAGCGUAGAUCGUUUAAUGGUACUUGACUACCGAGUCGAAGCCUUGAUUAUCCAUUUUAUCGUUAAAUCUUUAAGAUUUUACCUCUUAUAUCUAUUGUCCCUAUUGUAAAAAGUCUUAGAUUAUGUACAUCCAAUUUCAAUAGAGCUGUACAGUAAAAUGUUUUGAUUUAUGUGUAAGUUUAUAUGUGCUUUGUGAAAUAGGACCCACAUUUAUAAGAUAACCCAUCAGUAGGAUUAUACUGGUACAUGUUACAUUGCACACUAGUAAUGUUUCGUCAUUGCAGAUGUAACAUUGAACAAUGAUGAAUUGACACUGUCAUAAAAUCAGGCAUAGAAUUUUGUUUUCAUCUUUUCAGCAUGCCAAAAUAUUGAUGAGGAAAUUAGAUUUUUGUUAAGGAAAUAUAUGAUUAAGUUUUGUUGAAAAGUUUGCCAUGUGAUGCAACUGAACAAGUACCCAAUCAUCCUAUUGGUGUGACUUUAUAUAUGAUGUGUUUUUGUAAAAUUACUUUAAUUAAUGUUAUUAACUAGUUCUUGUUAUAAUUAUACUCUUGAGUUUGAGUGCCUUGAUGUAAGGGGAAUAAAUGUAGAUAAUUGUAUUAUUUUAAAGAUAUAGAUCCAUUUAGGAAUGUUGCUGUGGAAAUGGUUCAACUUGAACAUAAUUUAAUAUUUCAACAGAUGAUCUUUACAAAACUUUGAAGCAUUUAUAAAACAAAAGAUAAUUAAAUUGUUCUUACCAUACA